GCUGAAUUUCUCAGGAUGCCGGUUAUUUCCUUACGCCUUUGAGAAAGAGGCUCAAGUGUUAAUGCUGCCUUCUAAAUGGAAGUAGUUAGGUUGGAAAUUUAGCUGGAAGAAGCGACGUUCAAAGAAAGCUCUGGAGAAAUAAAUGUCAUCUGUCAAAGCCCUUAUCGGUGCUGAAGAGAAAGGGGAGAUCUGUCUAAAAUAAGGCUUAAUCUAUAAUGAAGAAUUGAAGUUUUACGGUCCAAAACUAAGAGGCUGGAUCCCAUUAAGUAAAAUCUGCUUGUGAAAUGAACACCGUGUCGGGGAGGUCUCGCCCUGUGAGGGAUAUUUAACAUAAAAGAACAUUAUGAUAUAUACAACAACUUUUGGUUUGCCUAUAUUAAUGAAAAGUGCCAGAAGAAUUCUUCCCUGCUGUUCUUCAUACUUGUGCCUAAGACUGACAGCUAUAAGAUACUGCGUAAUAAAUGGCACAAUGAAAUCUAGAAGAAAAUCAGAUCAUCUGGAGAGAACAGCAAAUGACUUUCGACAUGAGAUUAUUUCUAAAGCAAAAGUGUGUGGCAUCAUCAAUGAAUCUGAAACAGUUAAAAGACUUCGUUUGGCAGUGACAGAUAAGGAAUUUACUUUUAAGGCAGGACAAUGGGUAGACUUCUUUAUACCUGGAACUUCUGUAGUUGGUGGAUUCUCAAUGUGUUCAAGUCCUGGUAUGUUGGAAGAAGAGGGAAUAUUAGAACUUGCAGUAAAACAUACAACACACCCACCUGCUCACUGGAUUCAUACUCAGUGUGCUCUUAAUUCAGAAGUGGCUUUGCGAGUUGGAGGCAACUUCUUUUAUGAUCCUCGGCCUAAAGACAUUCCAGCAAAUGUUGUGCUCAUAGCAGGUGGAGUAGGCAUUAAUCCUUUAUUUUCUAUACUGCUCCACAUCGUAGACCUUCACAGAACUAAAGAGAAGAAAGGAAAUGAUUGCAAAGUGGGAACAACCAAACUCUUUUAUUGUGCAAAAAAUGCACAUGAACUUCUGUUCAGGAAAGAGAUUCUUGCUUUGACAAAUGCAUUUCCUGGAAAAAUCACAUGCAGUUUCCACGUUACCAAGCAGAAUUCGCCAAUUUGUGAGAAACUUCUGCCUUACAUCAAGGAAGGAAGAUUAUCUGGAAGUGACCUAGAAAAAUGUAUCUCCAAGAAUACUUUGUGGUACAUUUGUGGACCACCUCCAAUGAUAGAAUCCAUCUCUAAGCUGCUUGAAAACCUUGGGGUGAUUCAGAGCAAUAUUUUCUUUGAAAAGUGGUGGUAGCACAUCCAGCAGCAUUCCAGACAAAAUAAGAAUGAAAACAUAAUAUAUGCAUGUUUGCUGAUGAACACUGAAAGUUUACACAAAGUAAAAAUUUUCCAUUUGUGGAAAUAAAAUAAUUCAUAAUGAAAUUAUAAAAUUUAUUUUUAACAAACAAUUUGGAAAAACAAAUAGGAAACAUGUUAAAUUUGUCCAUGUACUGAGCAGUGACAAUUUAUAAAAAUAAAUAUUUUAUUAAAUAUUUUAUUAACUUUGGUAUGUAAUAUAUAGGUAUAUAACUAAAUAUUAUAUAUGUAAGAUUUCACUACAUACAGAUAAGAGAAGAAGAAUGACUUGAAAUCUACGUCGCCUCAUAUGGGAAGGACAAACUUAAGAUAAAAGGAUGGAAUUCAUCUAUCCAUUUCUGGUCUACCUUGUAUUUUCUAUUGAAGACUGUUUGAAAAGUAAAAGAUGUUGCUUUUGAAGCUUCUUGUAUUUUCAGGAACAAGAUUUCGCACAAGGUUAUUAAUAAAGUUCUGAAUGUACAUUUCAGUAAUUAGAUUGGAUUUGAAAUUAAUUGUGCUGUGGUAGAACCACUACAAUCAAUAAAAUGAGAUAAUUGAGUCAUGAAUAAAUGAAGUGCUGUUAAUUUCCAGUGGUUUACUCAAAACAUGAUGGAAUCUGGAUCCAACAUAUUUCCAUAAUAUUAUCUCUUUAUCAAUUUUAGUUAUGGAACUUCAUUUGAAAUAACAUUAUAGACUGACCUAUUUCUGGUCAUAAGCAGCACACACACUGUGCACCACAUACAGUGGGUCAAACUUGGAAUUAUUCUGCUGCAUCAAGGUUAAAAAAUGUGCCAUCGUUAUAAACUUAGCUAAAACAGGUCUAAGCAGUUUUAUUUGGAAGAAAAUCUUAUUGGUUUCAAUGAAAUUUACUUUGAAAUAUUAAAAUUGGAUGUUUAGCAUUUUCCAGAAGCCACUUGGCUUGACUAGCAUAUAUUGAGACAACGUAGUUCAUAAUGAAGGGAAGCUGCCUAAGGGUCUGCACUGCUACUGUGGUAGCGGAACUACAAUUUUGAGUUUAACUAAAGGUACUAAAUAAAUUAAUAUUGUGGUUUGAUGGUAUAAUCUUAAAACAAAUUUAAUUAUGCUGCUUUUCCUCAGAGUGGAAUGCUAUGUAUAGUGUUACUUAAUGGAAUGGAAUGGAAUGGAAUAAGUUUAUUUAUAGCCCGCCCUUUUCCCUACUUGUCUGUACUAUAAUAAUUGCAACGAAUUUAAGAGAACCCAAAUACAAAAGAACCAAAAAUUUGUGGUGAGAAUUCUGUUUAGUGCAAUGUGCUGUUAAUGUUUUCUCUUAUGGAAUUGUGUCUUACAACAUUAGAUACUAAGUAGCUUAUAUUGUUUUGAAAGGGGCCUAGAUAAAUUAAGUAAUAUUGUCUGUCUUCCAUACAUUAUGAUGAUUAUAUGGAACCUCCAUUGAAGAGUGCAUUGAAUAUUAUCUCUAUAAAAGAGCAUCAUUACAGACCCUUUGGGAAGCAAGAUUUGGAGAUUUGAUCUGAUCAGAUGAACAUUAUGUUUAUAUAAUUUGUAAUAAUAUUGAAAAUCUACAUGGAAUUGGUAUCAGCUAAAUCUUGGGAACAAUCUUACUAUUUGUUUGCUUGCCUCCAGAGUUUAUAGGCUGUUUUAAUGAACUAUCCUGUGAUAUUCAAACACCCCUCCCCAAUACAUAAUUUGGGCUAAGAACAAAUAUUUUUGUCAAAUAUUUAUAGUCGCCCAUCUCACAAAACAUAACUCUGGGUAGCAAUAACUCUUUGUUACAGACCAACCUGAUAUUACAAUAACAGCAGUUAUACCUUCACCAAAGGUCCACUGACAGGACAUUGAGGUUGAGAUCAAGGAACUGAAUGUAAGACUGUUAACAAGACAAUGGUUCUAUGGACCCCAAGGGUGGCCGAUUUACUGUCUCCUGCCACAUAUUCCCCUGCCCAUUACAUAUUAUUACAUUAAUAUGAUGGCCUGUCUUUAUUCUCUUAUAAGUUUCAUUUCCCAAAUCAAGCCCGCCCAAGACCCAGGAACACAAAUCCAUUCAUCCAUCCAUCCUUUCUUCUUUCCUUCUUUCUUUCUUUCCUUCUGUCCAUCCUAUUUCUUCUCUCUUUUCCUACCCUACCCUUAUUGCUACCCAGGGAGCAGGCAAGGUGAAAUAGUUAUGAAUAUUAAAGCAAAAACCAAACAUUGUAAAAACCACAUGAACCAAUAUUUAUAUCAC